AUGAAGUUUCUCGCUGGCCUCUCGGCGCUCGCCACCUUGGCGACUGCCGCCACGAUGAAACGUGACUCUCCUCUCGACGUCAAACUCGAGUCGAUUGGCAAUACUGGUCUGCAGGCUACCGUUACCAACACUGGCAAUGAUGCCUUGAAGAUCUUCAAGACUGGCUCCCUCUUUGACAGCGCUCCAGUUGAGAAGGUCCAGGUCUUCAAGGGUGAUUCCCAGGUUGACUUUGCCGGUAUUCGUCUUCGAAUUACCACUGCUGGCCUCGACGAGGAAGCGUUCCUAACCAUUCCUGCUGGCGAGUCCAUCAAGACGCUGAUUGACGUUGGCGAGCUUCACGACCUUAGCGAGGGCGGCGAGUACAACUUUGUUGCCAACGGCGUUCUGUCCUAUGCAGAUGCCAACACAACCGCGAUCGCCGGCGUCGUUCCGUUCUCCAGCAACUCCAUCUCUGCCACUGUCGAUGGCGCCCAGGCUGCUGAGGUCCAGCGUCGCUUUGUCGAGAAGCGCACUGUUGUUCAGUCCGACUGCACUGGCGCCAAGAAGACGGCUCAGACCACAGCCCUUUCCAACUGCGCAUCCCUUGCCAAGCUCUCUGCCUCUGCCGCCCAGUCCGACAGUGCCAAGGUUGUAGAGUACUUCAAGACUGCUUCCGCCGCCAGCACUCUUGUUACCGUCUUCAACCGCGUUGCUUCCGAGUGUGGCAGCACCACGUCUGGUGUUUCCAAGCAGUACUGCACUGAUGUCUACAGCUCCUGCAGCAGUGGUGUCUUGGCCUACACCCUGCCUUCUGGAAGCUUCAUGGUCUCGUGCCCUCUGUACUUUAACUACCUCCCGGCGCUUACAAAAUCCUGCCAUGCUCAGGAUCAGGCGACCACGACUCUCCACGAGGUCACCCACUUGAGCCAGAUCAAGGGAACCCAGGAUCUGGGCUACGGCUACUCGGCUGCCAUUAGACUGUCAGCCACCCAAGCACUGAACAACGCCGACAGCUAUGCUCUGUUUGCCAAUGCUGUCUAUGCCGGCUGCUAG